CUUUCGUGUAAUGGCUGUCAGGUACGUGUAUUCAUGGGGUCGCAGUCUACAGCACAGCAGGUAGAACAGCAAAUGCUUUGAUCCAGAGCUUGUUGCAUAGGUGAGAUUGUCAUGAUGGAGGGUGACAACGAAACCACCUUCGAGCAGAGAUUCAAUGCUGCUGUCAAAGUGAUCCAAAGUUUACCUUCAAACGGUUCGUUUCAACCCUCCAAUGACAUGAUGCUAAAAUUCUAUAGCUACUACAAGCAAGCAACACAAGGUCCCUGCAACAUUCCCCGCCCAGGAUUCUGGGACCCAGUUGGCAAAGCCAAAUGGGAUGCUUGGAAUUCUCUGGGCGAUAUGGUGAAAGAAGAGGCAAUGGCGGCCUACGUGGAUGAUUUGAAACUGAUUCUGGAAAGUAUGCCGGUGACGAAUGAGGUGGAGGAGCUCCUUCAGGUUAUUGGGCCCUUUUAUGAGCUUGUUGAUGAGAAGAAGAUAUCGCAGGUGUCAGAUCUGAGCACAGGCUUUGGGAGCAUGCUCACGUCACCGCCCAAAAGUGUCACGAAAAGCAUCAUUAGAACCAUGCAAAUGAACGGCACUCUGGACUCUUACUCCGUCAAAACAUCAGAGCCACCACAAACUAAAACAAAAGAGCUGCACGGGAGAGGAGACCAUCACGAAGAAGAGAAAGAGGAAGAAGUGAAAAAAGGUAAGAAGGAGGUUUCAGCAGGUCGAUCCAAAGCGCUGGUAUCUAACGGCAGUACCCAGCAACACAAAAUCCUUGCUAAUGGGACACUCAACUCUCAAUCUAACUUGAAAGAACAGGAGUCUGAGGAAGAAUCGGAAAGCAUUAACCACAAUGGAGACGUCAUAGAAGUCAAUGGGCACACGAAAGAAGACGGUGCAAGUUUCCAGCAUGUGGCCAGUGAUUCAGACAGUGAGGUGUACUGUGAUUCUGUGGACCAGUUUGGGGCAGAAGAGGGCUCAGAAGACGUGAUUCACUCGCUCGAGGAAACCCACAGCAUGCCGUUCUCCACAGAGGAGGUCAGAUCACAGGGGAGACUGUCAGAUAAUCUUCUGGAAAGAGAGGAAGGUGUUCAGCACGGUGGAGAACACGGCCGGAGCAGUGAAGGAGCUUCACAGAAACUGGGACUUCCUGCUGACAGAAGUGACGGUUCUAUGGUCAGGAGGGGAAGAGGGUCCAGGUCACCUGCCUAUGGCUCCGGGUCAGCUGGACCGCAGCAGGGCAGCGUGGGGGAUGGUGAACGCUGGGGCACGGAUGGUCCUGUGAUGGAAAAUCUAAAUGAACAGAUCAUAUGUGCUUUGGCCAGACUGCAGGAUGACAUGCAGAGUGUGUUAGAGAGACUACACACACUUGAAGCUCUAACAACCUCUCAGGCUCGAUCCUUAGCUCUGCCAUCAGACUACCUGUCACCACCUGCUAAUAAAACUAAGAAGAAGUCAUCUUGGUGGCCAUUGGAUGUUUCUCCUGGAACUGUGGCACUUGCUGUGAUCUGGCCAUUUGUUGUGCAGUGGCUCAUUCGUCUGUAUCUACAGCGCAGAAGAAGAAAGUACAACUGAUAUGAAUCGACUUGUUGGGCACCUUUAAAGAUCUACUGGAGAGUGAUGUUCCCUUGAGGAGAGGAGGAGGAUGUUUUCCGUCUGUACCGUGAUCUCUAACUCCUGCUUUUGCACUAUGAUGAUCGCUCUAUUAAUUGGUAAACAGAAGGACAGAUUGAAUGUACUCCGUUGCAGUUGUAUUUGGUCAAAUUAAUCAUAAAUCCUUCAUUUUAGAUCUUUCAUUUUCGUAGUUAUGCAAGUGUCCUGCAUAAAAAUCCACUGUUAAGGGCAUAAUUAGACACUUCUAUUACGUCCAUAUACAUUAUUUAGAUAGUCACCCAUACAUAGCUGCUAAAUGUUAAUUAGUUUUUUAGUAAAGUAUAGGAUGCACUGAAAAUGACAGCACAUUUACCUUCGAUCUGAGAGUAAUUCUCCAGUUGAUGGCUGACUCUGCAGAAAACGGCUCAUUUCUAGCUUGUGCGUUGUACCAUCAUGGUUAUAAUUCAGGACCACAAAACGUUUGGGAGAUAUCAUGAGAGUGAUGUUUUAAUGUAUCUGUUAAUAUCUAGGCUUGAUGUUUGCCCAACUGGGCUGUGGUGCUAAUGAAAGCCAUAACCAAUAGAUCAGUGAUACAAACCCAUUGAUUUGCACAUGUAGAGGCUCUAAUGGCAAUAUGAUAUAUCAUACAUUAAAUAACAUGUCAUCAUCAUGUUUGAAGAGCUGAUUGUGAACCCAAGUAUUCAGACACUCUUAUUUUAUUUGGUACCAUAUGACAUAGAAAUUCAGAACCUUUAUAAUUUUUUUGUACAUAUGUGGUUGAAUUGUGAAGGCUGAAUGGAUAGACAGGUAUAAAUUAUAGCUGAUAUAUCAUGAAUGGUAAGAGCCUGUAAUGUGAGACUAAAAUCUGAUGAAUAAUUUACAUAAGAUGUUUGUUUAAAAGAGUUUGUUUUAGUUAAUGUUAAUAAUUCCUUUAAUAAUUGUAUAUUAGAGAUGUGUGAAAUUAUAUUUACUACUGUUAUAUAUUUUAAUUGUACUAUACUGUAAUGUAGCAUUUGCAAAUGUAUUUACUGUAAUACUACCUUUCAAUCAUCUGGAGAUGUAUGAAAUGCUUAUGUUCUGACUAAACACACAAUUUCUUAAUAAAACAUUAUUCAAGCUUUUGCUUAAAUAUGUCCUCUGGGCAGAGGAUCAAUAAACGCAUGCCAUUCAUCUG